CUCGGAAUCGAUUAGCAAUGGAGAAACUACUGUGUAUAGACGGAGUUGAUCGCGUUCUUACCACACUACCAAAAGAAGUUGAGGCUAUGGAGUCACUCAAAAGAUCCUUAGGUAUUCCAGAAAGACUAGGCUGGGAGGCAGAUCCAUGUACUCCUUCCAGCUGGGAAGGAGUGACAUGUAUUACUGACCCAAUUGGUCAAGGCUUUGUAAUCUACGAAAUUGACCUUGCAGACAAAGGACUCAAAGGAUAUAUCAGUGGAAUGAUCAUGCUAUUGCAAAACUUGAAUUCCCUGAACUUGAGUUCCAAUUGUCUGAUUGGUGAAAUUUCGAGUCUAGUGAAUACGAACCUGGUUAAACUGGACCUGUCAGACAACCAUCUUAGUGGAACAAUACAUUCAAAGCUAUCUUCUGCAAGACUAGAGCUGUUGAAUCUGAGUAAAAACCAGUUCACUGGAUGGUUCCCGAAUGAGCUAUAUUCAAUUUUAUAUCGUGGGGGUAUAUUAGACGUCUCUGGAAACAAGGGUUUAUGUGGCGUUGGAAUACCAAGUCUGCCUCAGUGUUCACUGUGGACAAUGGUUCUCCAUACCAAACUUUCUAUUGGUGGUUUCCUAUGCGACAGAGCAGAUUCUCUUCGUCUAUGCGGUGUUUGUGUCAUUGUGGCCGCACUAAGGGGUACAUGGGGACAAACAAAAAGCUACUUUAUGGCUGUCAUUAUUCUCUGCUUCUGCCUUUUCUCAAUGCAGCUCUCUGCAGCUGCAUCUAAGGCGAUCUAUAAAAGACCAUGUGCUUAUGAACCUGGAAAGGCUUUGGGUUGUCACCAACUACAGCGUUCUCGUUUGUUUCUAUCAUAUGAGCGACUCGUUCGAUCUGAAAGCCUAUCUGGUUGCCAGGAUCGGAAUUCCUCUGCUACAAGCUAUGCGUUCGAUGAGUUUAAUGCACUACACUUACCUGAUGCUAGCUUUUUGCUAUCUGAAAACUUCUGUUGUGUGAAUUUAUUGUUAAUUCAAGUUCUGAAUCCUAAGUAUUCUCGCUUCCUGGCGAGGUCUAUUAAAGACACUACGAGUUCGUUCAAUAAGAAUCCGGUACAGAAAGUGGCUGCAUAUGGGAAAUCACGAGCUCGAUGUCUCGUUUACACAGGAGCACUUUAUGGAAGCUCGACAGAACAAUACAUGUUUCCUAUUCAUGACUACAAUUUUGCAUUGGAACCGCUAAACGAGACGAACCUACAGUUAAGUGUUUCCCGUGAGCAAAAAUGCGUCCAAUGA